AUUUAUAUUUACAACACGUGCGCGUAUCGGCUGCAGCGUGUUCCGUUUAUUCUUCGUAGUCGCUAUUCAAAUUCCGAUCUUAAGUUGAGUUUACGAAAGACAAAUCAAAAUUAGUGAAUAGUUUGUGCAAAUAGAAAAAGUAUCGAUUCAACACCAUGGAGGUCGAUUCUAACCGAAUCCUCCAAAGCUGUCGCCGGCUCCGAGAGCAGUUGGGAUGUUAUCAGAUGGAUCCAUUUUUAAGGUUAACCAAAAUAACAUCGACGGCGAUGGACGAGCUAGUUUUGGUGUUGGGUCAACUGAUUGAGGAUCCAGUAUACACCGUCGAGAUCGGUCGGGAGUUUGGCAGCAUGCUGCUGCUGAUAGUUGCUAAUGCGCUAGGUGGGAGUGAAAUUCGCAGCUCGGAUGAUCAGACGCUCCGUCAGGAAUACCUUCGUAAAUGUGUGGCGCUAUCGAAACUUAUUACCGAAUGUCCCAGUGUUUUAAGAUUUAGCAUCCACUUCUUCCGUCACAAUCCACCACCGUUUGGAGCUCAGGAAUCGGUAGCCUACGUUCCAAAGUCGAAGGUUAAGAAGAUUACCAAGCAGCCGGUUUCUGAUCUGGAAAUAGUCCAAAGUUGUUACAGGUUUUUAUUGGCAGAUAUCAGCUAUUUUCGUUCCGCUUGGAAAUGGUCGGAAUUCUUUGAGCUGUUCGAUGGUAAAGGAUGCAACAGACAACGGUAUUAUUACAAUCGAAUAGUAGCGAUGGUGUGUGGGAUGAACCAGAGUCAGUUAAAUCAUUUGGAUCGUAAUCUGCCGGUAGAAUUACUGGUAAGCGAGCAGAUGCAGCACAAUCUAACGACGGUGGAGAGGCGGGAUCAAGAUGAUUGUGGUGAGAAAAUAAGUUGGAGUUUUAGCAGUCGUGUAGUUACCAAUGUUGGGGAUGUAAUACUGCCGAUUUUCGAUAGCGAUAAUAGUGAAUUGUAUCGUGCGUUGGAUGAUGAAUUGGUAAUUGUAGAUUCGACACGCUUGAAUGUUAGAAGCUUAGCCUUGGGUGUUUCGUCCGGCAAGGCCAUCUGUUUGUCAGGGCCCGUGGGAUGCGGUAAAACGUCACUAGUAGAAUUCCUAGCUAGGAAGACUGGCAGGGUCGGACCUAAGAUGCAUGACUUCAACCGGCGAUCGCUUAAAAGUAUGAAAGCACCAAAUCAAAAGCGCAAAUCGAACGGAAAAGCUGAGGAGGUGUUUGAUGUUAGUAUGAACAAAGGUGUUUCUAGGAAUGGGUUCCUGCGAGUCCAGCUUGGUGAUCAGACGGAUAGUAAGAUGAUGCUGGGUCAGUAUCGCUGUACAGAUACUCCGGGUGAGUUUGUUUGGCAGCCAGGAGUGCUUACCCAAGCGGUGAUGAACGGUUACUGGUUACUGCUGGAAGAUCUGGACUCUGCUACGCAGGACGUUUGCACAGUCCUAACCAAUCUGUUGGAGAAUAAUUACUUGAGUGUUCCGGGCUUUCGAGAUUGCCUCCGAAUUGAACCAGGAUUUCAGCUGUUUUUAACUCUGCGAACACAGAAGACGGGAAGCGGAGCCACGCAUAGCCCGUACAGUUUGUUGGAAAAGUAUCUCUACACGGUGAAUGUUGUACCCUUGAGCCGACCGGAACUUUGCUCAAUAAUUUGUACGAAUUUUCCCAAACUGAAAACAGUUGCCAGUCGGAUUGUGGACAUUUAUCUUACGUUUUCCAGUGGUAAUCACGUCAUUGGGAAUGAGGAAAUCGAGGAUGCAGUUAGGAUUCUCGAAAACAAAUGCACAACGAAUGGCCAGAACGUAGCGGUGGAUUGGGACGAUUAUCUGCCAAGAUUUAAAUAUGAUGAUCUGUCUCUGACUAAUCUUCCCAACAGUGGCAGACUUGUUUCAACUAGAGAUUUGAUCAAACUUUGUCGCCGAUCGGUGCAAAGCUUUUCGGUGACCAGUACGGAGUGUGCUUACUUUGUGUUUCAAAAUGCGGUGGAUUUGUUUUGCUCACAUUUACCGGCCGGGGAUUUGAAGCGGAAUUUGGUAGUCAGCAUCGGUGGUAAGAUUGGCAUCAACAAAAGUCGCUGCGAGCAUUUAUGCGAUGAUUACAAACCGGAAGUGGAUGUAAAUGCCUCUAAAGAGAUUAGAAUUGGCCGGGUGCCGUUGAAGCGAAAUUGCGAGAAUACCCGCGAGAAAGAAAACGAAACGUUUCAACACAAGAAACUCCGGCUGGAUGAGAAUGCUUCUUCGAAGGUGAAGUUACAGGGUUUCAAAAUGCAGAGCCAGGCGCCCACGUUUUCCUUUACCCGUCCGGCAUCGUGUCUACUGGAGCGCAUUGCCGUAUCUGUUGCCCAAAAUGAACCCACUCUACUGGUUGGAGAAACUGGCGUUGGCAAAACUAGUGCCAUCCAGUAUCUCGCCUACCAAACGCGACACAAGCUAGUCGUGGUGAACAUGAACAAUCAGUCUGAUGUAUCGGAUUUGAUCGGCGGCUUCAAACCGGUAGAUCUCAGCUAUGUUGUUACUCCCUUGCGGUACGAGUUUGAGUUUCUUUUCGCCAGAACGUUUAACGCUCAGAAGAAUGAAAAGUUUCUCUCUAAUGUUAGCGUCUGCUACAACCGGGGCGAGUACAAUGUCCUCGUUAAAUUGAUGCUAAAGAUUGCCGAUAAGGCAUUUGUCAGAUGCUCUACCAGCGAAUCGGAGGAUGAAAUUCAGGAGAAAUGGGCGCGCUUGCAGCGCAAGCUCAGGAGAUUAGACGCACAGCUUACGAACUCAGUCAACGUUUCGUUUGCAUUUAUCCCCGGUUCUUUAGUCAACUGCAUUCGCGAUGGUGCCUGGGUUUUACUGGACGAGAUAAACUUGGCUUCGACGGAAACGCUCGAGUGCCUAUCUACCAUACUGGAACCAGAUGGGUCGAUUGUCUUACUGGAGCGUGGGGAUUUCGUACCGGUGAAACGCCAUCCGGACUUUCGCAUUUUUGCUUGUAUGAAUCCUAGCACAGACGUUGGCAAGAAGGACCUUCCGGUGGGCAUCCGUAAUCGUUUCACAGAGUUUUUCGUUGACGAAUUGGUCGCAGAAAAUGAUCUCCUCAUCUUGGUGAAUGAUUAUCUUGGCAGCAGUGGUAUUCAGAAAAAUCGUAUCUUGAACACAGUCAAACUUUACCGUCGCUUGCGUGCUUUAUCGCAGCUAGAAUUGAACGACGGGCUUGGCAACAAACCGGUUUAUUCACUACGAACCCUAUGCCGGGCAUUGAGCAUAUGCGGCAAAAACCUUUGUGGUUCGAUUGAACGAAAUCUGUACGAAAGUUUCUGUCUCAGUUUCCUCACCCAGCUGGACUUGAAAUCCCACCAAACGGUGCUCUCCUUCAUUCAGAAGACACUUCUGAACGACGUUCAUCAAGCGACCUCCCAUCAGAUACCGAAACCAACGGUCGGAGAGCAGCUUAACUUUGAGGGAUACUGGAUCGAGAAGGGCCCGAAAGAGAUUCAACAGUGCGAGAAGUACAUCCUAACCGACAGCGUACGGAGUAACCUGCGAGAUCUGGCACGUAUCAUUUCGAUUGGAAAGCUUCCUGUGCUGCUACAGGGACCAACUUCGGCCGGUAAAACUAGCCUCAUCGAGUACAUCGCCAAACGAAGUGGAAAUGUGUGCCUUCGGAUAAAUAACCACGAACACACUGACCUGCAGGAGUAUAUCGGAACGUACGUAGCGGAUGUGAGUGGCAAACUAUCGUUCAAGGAGGGCGUUCUGGUCGAAGCCAUGCGGCAGGGUUAUUGGAUCAUUCUAGACGAGCUCAAUCUGGCUCCGAGUGAUAUUCUGGAAGCUCUUAACCGAGUUUUGGACGACAAUCGCGAGCUAUUCAUUCCGGAAACGCAAGUCGUAGUUAAAGCACACCCGAACUUUAUGCUAUUUGCCACCCAGAAUCCUCCGGGACUGUACGGUGGGCGGAAGAUGUUAUCACGAGCGUUCAAAAAUCGCUUUAUAGAGUUGCAUUUCUCUGACAUUCCACGUGACGAACUGCAGGUAAUUCUGGAGAAGCGUUGCCUCAUUCCCAAAUCCUACUCGCAAAAGAUGGUCAAAGUGAUGUCCGAGCUGCAAAUGAAUCGACACAGUACCAGUAAGCAAAAUUUCACUCUCCGAGAUCUGUUCCGUUGGGGAAACCGGUACACUUACGCUGACAGUAGACUGCUUGAUGAUACCAGCUACGAUUGGAAUCAGCACCUGAUAGAUGAAGGAUAUUUGGUUCUGUCUUCUAAGGUACGCAACCUAUUCGAGAUUCAGAUAAUAGAACAGGCUUUAUUCACACACUUUCGGAAGCAUGUGUCGGAGCAAAAAUUAUUCACCUUGUCGAAGGAAACUUCUCGCGUAACUCGCGGCAUUUUGGAACAACUAGAGCAGCAAACAGUUUUUGAUGGAAUCGUGUGGACUUUCGAUAUGCGUCGGAUGGCAGUUUUGACCGCAAAGGCACUUGAAUUCAAUGAACCCGUAUUGCUGGUGGGUCCCACGGGAUGUGGAAAAACCACCAUCUGCCAGAUUUUGGCUGCUACGCGGGGAAAAACGCUGAGAAUUUUGAACUGUCAUAUGCAUACAGAAGGUGCCGAUUUUCUCGGAGGAUUGCGGCCAUUCCGAGAGGCGGAUUCAACCAACAAAGAUUCCAAUCAGUUGUUCGAAUGGUCCGAUGGCCCAUUGGUUCUCUCGAUGAUGGAAGGUGGAUUCUUUCUGGCCGAUGAAAUUUCCCUAGCUGAAGAUUCCGUUUUGGAACGGUUAAACUGUGUACUGGAGCCGGAGCGAACGUUGCUACUGGCUGAGAAGGGAGGAGUUUCGGCAGAUGCGUGUGAAUUUGUGAUUACAGCUGCGGAUGGUUUUCAAUUCCUGGCUACCAUGAAUCCGGGUGGUGAUUUUGGCAAGAAGGAGCUAUCGCCAGCGUUGAGAAAUCGGCUGACGGAAAUCUGGUGUCGUGCAACUGACUGUAGGGAAGAUCUUGUUCGAAUCGCCGAGCAUACCCUGCGAAAAAGCAUUCCAACUGAUACAGGUGAUAAUCUGAACCACGUUGCGCAAGUUUUGAUCGGUGUUGUAUUCAUUUUAAAGAAGAAAGUCGACAAGUUAAACUUUAGUAUUCGCGAUGUGCUAGCGUGGGUGGCUUUCAUAGCCAAAAACCACACCAAUCUAUCACUGGCAGAAUCACUAAUCUACGGAUUGGAGACAGUGUUUCUUGAUGCACUGGAAAUGUUACCGUACGAAACGUUCGAAGAAAUUCUCACCAUACGAAGCGAAGUCAUCACUGCUCUGAAGCAGCUAGCGAACAACCUUCUCGACAUUAAAGAAUUCAGUUUCCAACGAGGCACCGAUGUCCAAUCAACCGAGUCGCACUUGGGAAUCAAACCAUUCUUCAUCCCACUGAAUCCAGACCAAAGAGAUCGUCAUACGGAGUUCCUAUUCAGUGCCCCAACUACCCAGCAAAAUCUCUUCCGUCUGCUAUCGGCCCUCAGUCUGGAUAAAGCGAUCCUACUUGAAGGUCCCCCGGGAGUAGGAAAAACAUCUCUAGUGGAAAACCUCGCCCGAGCCGCUGGAUACGCUAUCGUUCGGAUCAACCUUUGCGAGCACACCGAUCUCGCGGAUCUGUUUGGCACGGAUUUACCCGCAGAAGAUCACUCCCUUGAAAUAGUUCCUACCCGGGAAACCAAAGAAGACGACCGCAAAGCCAAGAAGCUGGGUUCGUUCGUUUGGCGUGAUGGUCCUCUCCUGGCAGCGCUCAAAGCACGCAACACUUGGGUCUUGCUGGAUGAACUCAACCUCGCUCCGCAGAGUGUGCUGGAAGGUUUAAAUGCUAUCCUUGAUCAUCGGGGGGAAGUGUUCAUUGCGGAACUGAAUAAAACCUUCAAACUUGGUCAGCAAACACGAAUCUUCGCCGCUCAGAAUCCUCUCCAUCAGGGUGGCGGUCGCAAAGGGUUGCCACAAUCGUUCCUGAAUCGAUUCACCAAAGUUUAUUUGAGAAAGCUGGAACGAUCCGAUUUGUUGGCUGUGGUUAACGGAAAGUAUAGAAAGAAAUUCGCUAGAAUGGGUGAGCGUUUGAUCGAGGAUUUGGGGCGUCAGCCGGGUGACGAUGUUAGUUAUUUUGUUAGUUUGGAUUCUCCGGAAGCACACGCCGUUCGAUUUGAUUUGUGUGAACGAAUGGUUCAGUUCUCGGAGAUAUUGGAAACAGGCAUUUCCAACUUGGAGUUCGGUUACAAAGGAGGUCCGUUCGAGGCAAACCUUCGAGACAUUCUUCGCUGGUGUGAGUUGCUGUGUAGCGAACGAGUUGGCUUCUUGCCCAAGAGGAUGACUAGUGGACCAGCUUCGCUUCAGCGAUUUUUACUGGUGUUGUUCGAGAAGAUGAAACUUGUUUAUUACCAGAGGAUGCGCACCGAUGUGGAUAAAAAAUACAUACUGACAGCGUUUGCUAGAGUUUUCAGCUGUGACGCGUUUGAGUUGGAACAACGAUCGCAAGAUAUCAGCGUUUAUUGGACGGAUGAAAAACUAUAUUUAGGUGACUUAGUUAUUGAGAAAAGUAAACAACCAUCGGAUGACUCAAACCACAUCCCACUGCUGGUAACCACAGCGUCCCCGCUCUUGCUAUCGAGUCAAAUAGAAUCUUUGAAGUGUGUCGCCGAAUGUAGCCAAUUAGAGAAACCGGUAAUCCUGUGUGGUCCGAGUGACUGUGGCAAAACGAAAAUUAUUCAACUUUUGACAACGCUGAGUGAUCAAUUUUGUAACGUCGAUACGAUUGAUGAUUCGGUGACGGGAAGUUUCCAGCAGCUGGAUUUCAAUCGUCACCUGGAGGAGAUUUCUUCCGGUGUUGAGCCAAUACUGAUGGAUGCCGUGAACGAAGCUAUGCUGGAAGGCGGUGUAACCGGACGGAAGGUACUGGUGAACUUGUUUGGAGUUUGGGAAAGGUACGCUCGAUUGAACGAUGGAAAAUUAGCCUUCACUAGUCAAAACGUGCAAUCGGAAGAACUCAUCCUGUUUCGUGAACGCCUUGCAGCACUGCAGGAAGUAAUCACAGUGCUAACUAACCACCACGAAACCAUCCAGCGUUAUCCAAGGCUUCGUUCGAUGGGAACGGUUCUGAGCGUGCUACUUCGCGUGUCACAGCAAGCAGAAUCACUGAACACCGGCGGUUACUUCGAGUGGGUUGAUUCGAAGGUCGUCAAAUCACUCAAACAAGGUCAGUAUAUUUGUUUGGAACAUGUGAAUCUUUGUUCAUCUGCCAUACUGGACCGGUUGAAUCCGAUUUUUGAACCGGACGGUUCGCUGCUGAUCUCGGAGAAGGGUGUCGACGGUAACAACGAGUCGGAGAUCAUCCGUAAACAUGCCAAUUUUCGUGCUUUCCUAACACUCGAUCCUAAGCACGGAGAAAUUUCUCGGGCAAUGCGGAAUCGGUGUAUCGAGCUGGCGCUUCACAAGGAGGGCUAUUCGGAUGAUGAUCUGAGGAAGCUUGUUUUCGAGAAUGGAGUUCACGAUGGUUGGUUAAUUAGUGUUAUUCUAGCGGUGCAUAGAGGUGUUAGGAAAGUUUCCGAGUUUAAUCAGUUCGGGAUUGCCCAUGUUCUGAAGUUUGCCUAUCUAGUGGCGCAGAAUCAACGUAUAGGAAUCCCAGUGCAGAAGAGUUUGAUGAUUAGUGCGCUGGAAGUUUAUGUCCGAUCAUCCAACACGGAUUUGUUGGGUUACGGGUUGGAGUACUACCGUACAGCGCUGAAGAGUGCAACCGAAGAGGAAGUAGGUAGAGCGAUUGUGCGUGCGAAUUUGGUGAACUUCAGUCAUAUUGUACUGCGAUCCAACCGACUGACACAAUUGCAGUUGAUCAAGCUUCAAUCGGAACCACUACUGUGUAUGUUGCGAUGCCAUAUGGUAGGAGUUGCGGACAUUGGUGGUACACUAGCUAACAUUGCGACUGCAUUCGGCGAGCUGGAGGAGGUUAGUUUAGGUAAUCUAAAGUAUUGUCUGUAUUUGCUGUAUGGAAUGAGCAGUUUUCAAGAUGUAGAGCACCGGAAGAUCUUUCUAGCGGAAUCGUUGAAGGAAGUUCAAAAUAUGGGAAUGUAUCAAAAGUGCAAGAAUGAAGACGCAGCGUGUACUCAGGACGUCGUCGUGGUUGAUUUUGAGUUGAAGUCUAAUAAUGCCAACCAGUGGUCGGCUUCGACUGAGAAUUUCUCAGACUACAGAGAUCUUAAACAUUUGAAGCAGGAAAGAGUUGAAGUGGGGCAGCGCAAAUCAACAACAAUAGAACAUGUUCUGCAGCACCUUCUAGAGCUGAACAGUCUUCUUUUUGGAACUAUCAAAAAAUUUAAGAAUUGUGAAGAACAUCUACCGUGGGACCAUUCGGUUUUCUCGGCCAUACGAGAAUACCAACAGGAAACCGGUGCGGAUCAGUAUCGAAUUAACGCGAUUUUGCUUCUAGACACCACCCUGGAACCCAUCGAAGUCAAACAAUCGAUCAAACUGAGCCAGAUUGACGUUCUGUCGUACUCGAAGGCUGCAAAUUUAAAGAUGAUCAACGAUUCCGUUGGAAGCCCUCUGAUUAUGCAACUCUAUGACUUUCUCGUGAACUUUAGACCUUUAGUUGAGGAAGCUCUGCAAGCGCAGGCUUCCCUGGAUUGUACGGCAUACGUGAAGCUGAUCGGUUCGUAUCUUUGGAUUAAUCGUCUCAUCAAUCUUUCCCGUCAGAAGCUGUUUGUCGGCAAGGAGGUGAACUCCACAUUAGUGGAUUAUAUCACGCUACACAUAAACUGGGUCCAAAAACAUUGUCUUGCUGCUUUCGAAGGUCACAGCUGUGAACGAUUCAAAGCGUUGACGCUUUCGCUAGAUGAAUCGGUACAGAAGAGCAGCCAUCCUCUGGCACAUAAUCGGAAGCUUUAUUCGAAGACAUUCCUCAACUUUCUGCCACUCUAUUCGCAGGAACAAGUUACCCACCAUCAAGCGCUGGUGGAUUUUAACGAAGGCUUACGAUUGAUUCCGAGGUUAACUCGUUUGUACGAUUACGAAGAGUUCCGGCGGAGAAUAGCACUGCUGAAUCAUAGCAGAACGAUCGACGUUAGACGUUCACUGCUGGUUAGGCCUGCUCCCGUGCCUCUCCUGAUGAUUGAAAAGCGUGACAUUCAUCCACCUAUCGACAAUGAGAAGCUGAAAAAAUUGUUCAUGUUAGUGCAGGACUUGCAGCCAGCUGAAAUUCAACCGGGUGAAGAUCAAAUUGCGCUGGAAAUUUGUCGUUUACAAGAUUAUCAGAAAUUCGUUGCUGGGUUCAAUUUCGAGGGAGAUUACAGCGAAAAGUUCGAGGUUGAAAUGCUUCCUCUGUACGAGUACUUUUUGGUGAAGGUUUUGGCAGGAGAUUCCCUGGUAAACCAUGAUUAUGUGGUGGCCGUUCGUUCGCUCAACCUUGACGUGCUGGAGUUGUUACGGCAGCGUAAUGACUUGCAACAUCGACGAGUGGCGGAGGUGAUAACAGGCUUUAAUGAGUUGAUCGCUGCAUCCGGGGAUUCGGAGGUUGAUGAGGUACUCAAAGUGUUACCACCGGGUGCCUACAGCAGUUUGACGUCAUAUUACAAACGUUGGAAGAGGCAGGUUUAUAAGUUUAAGUUAAACUCACUAGCUGUUGAUAAUUCCGUAUGCUACAAAAACGAUACGGAAACUGACUAUGAAGCGUGUUGCGAGCGUAUGUCCAGCCCGUCCUUCCACGGUGCCGUGCUGACUACGAAUAUCUUAAGCGUUGUUUUGGAUAAUAGCGGAGAGCUGCGGUCUACCGGACUUGGUGAGCUGCCGGAAUGGCGCAGGAUGUUACGACUUAUGCGUGAUGUGAUGUGGGGUAAUUCGGCCAUGAUGCGAUCGGAGUUAGAUGGUCAAAGCGUUGAGUUACGAAAGGCGCUUGAAGAUGCGAACAAGUUGUUGUUCGAAAUAAGCACGGUACGAAAGUGGUGCGCUGCUAAUUCACAUGAGACGUUCGUACAGGAUUUCAACAAACUUAUCGAGGAGCUUCAGAACGUCGUACUGCAAGCGGCGGAUGUAAGAGCAACUGCUGAUAAGUCCUACCUUCUGUCUUGCACUGGUAAGAACUUACAGUGGCGAUUGGCGUCACUGAUACGAUCGCUAUAUGGAGCGAUCGAAUUGAACAUAAUGGUCCAUCUGCCAUUGUUGGAUCCAGUGGAAAAGAACGCUCUGAAAAAAGCGUACACAGAUGAAGACAUAGACCACUAUCGAACAUUGGUCCGAGUUUACGAUUAUAUGGCGGUCACCAUGAACUAUCAACGUCUGGGAGAAUUCACAAAGCGAUCAUUCACGGACCAUCUAAACACGCUGGACGCUAAACGUCAAAAAUUAUCCCGUAAAGUCGCGCUCCGUCCGGAUAACAACAUCUACACUGACCUCGUGAAAGACAUCAACAAUUUUCUGAUCUCCUGUUGCCACCCGGCGACGAUCGUGGAACUGGUUAAAACUGCGACUCAAUGCUUGGAGUUCGAGGUGGACGUGAAAAAUCCGAUUAAAAAUUGCACUCAGACGAAAAACUUCCAACUCAGAGUGAUCGAAACUAUCAAGCAGCUCGAGUUAUGGAUGAACACCGCCGAGAAGUUCGAGCAUCACACGCUGAAGCGGUACGGUGCCUACUAUCAGGACUUCCUGGAGCCUGUGCUGUGCGCGAUCACCUCGCUGAAGUACGGUCUGUCCGGUUUGAGGCACUCGCUGCUGAUCCGGCGGGAUUCGAUUGAAGUCAAGAGCAAUGGGGUGUUUUACGACCUGUCCGAUCGUGAUGCGCUGACGAAACUGGUACAGAAAUUCACCCAAUUUCCGAUGGUAGAUCCGAUCGAGUUGUUCGAUGAGGAAUCUGCCGGGCAUAAGGUGAGUGUAUAUUCGCUACUGGAGAAACUCGACCACAGUGAGGCAAACUAUUUCCGUUUGCUCAAGUCGAAACUGCAGGAGAUUAAGAAUGGAAUAACCUUGAGAGGUUGCAUUGGGGAGGAGGAGUUCGUACAGGUGGAUAAAAUUGUAAACGUUUGGAAUCAAGUUUGGCAAAAGCAGGAACUUCUGCGGCGUAAAAAACAGGCCGAGGAGGACAGUUUAUAUCAGUCGAAGAGUCACUGUGAUGAGGAAAGUGAAGAGGUUCUAGCCGAACGAGAGAUUGGCGAUAUGUUCCCCAACUACGUGGAUGAAGAUUUUGCUGAUUUCAUUCAGAACGACACUCUGGAGCAGGUGAUUAAGAUGAACAACGACGUUAAGAAUCGAAAGCCGGUGGACACAAUCACUGGCGAGGAUUAUGCGUUAAUCAGCGAGAGCUUUAUUUACCUGAUGAAUAAGUUCUCCAGAUCUUACUAUUACAAUCCUCAUACUAUGUCGGAUUUACCAGAAACGAUCGAACCGGAUUUCGUCACUCCAUUCCGUAUAAAAAUCGCCAUCUUUCAGCAGUUGAUGCGCAGGUACGGUCUGGUGCUGAACAGCGCGCUGGACGAAAGUUUUUACCCAGGUUUGAGCUUAUUGAUUGGACUGCUGCAGGAAAAAUACGACGACCAUGAUUUGCAGUGUUCACCAGCGGUGAAAUACAAUUUUUAUAAGGAUUCCAACAUAACCGAGGUCGUGCAGUGCGUCGAGGUGCUCAAGAAAGUCGAACAUCGGGUUCGAGCGCUGCUUCAGGAGUGGCCAGACCAUGCGGGACUGAAGGACAUCGUUCGCAUUUUAGACAGGAUUUAUGGUCUCCCGUCGACUGCACCGAUUGUUAGAUUCAGCACUGGACUUCAACUGCUGAGACAGAAGAUCGACGAGUGGAACAGUGUCGCCCAUCGGAUGAAUAAUCUGCGCGAACUGGAGGCAGAAAUUGUGACCUUCGUGCAUCGUUGGAUGCGAAUGGAGCUGCAGUUUUGGCGCGAUUGCAUGGGUCAAACGUACGAUAACGUUCGAAGGAAAGCCUGCCGGUAUUGGUUUUUCAUGUACAACCUGCUGCAUGAGUUCUUGCAGAGUGAUUCGAAGGCAAAGUUGGGUAAUUUGCUGGAUUAUAGAAAGGUUGAGCGUUACUUUGGCGAAGAUGAGCUGUUGGAAGAGGAGCCGGCAGUUGAGGAGGGUUCGGUUCAAAUUGGAGAUUUGAUUCAAGUUUUGAAACAGUUCAUGGAGUCUUCCAAUUACGCAGAGUUCAGCACGCGUCUUCGCUUACUGAAAUCAUUCGAACAAUACCUUAUUUAUCUGAACUACGAUGACAAUCGCAAGAAGGAUAUGAUCGUUGCGGUUUUAAAUAACCUGCACUUGUACUACGAUCAGUUUUCGGCUGAAAUCGAAGACUACAUAAAAUCGAAACGAACUCCAAUCGAGAAGAAGCUGAAGGAGUUUGUAAAAAUCGAAUCCUUCAAUAAGGAUCUGUCUUACUUCAGCAUGCGGAAUAACAUUGCCCGAGUGCAUCGACAGCUGCACAAGUUCCUGAAAGAGUUCGAAACCACAAUCAAGGAAAAAAUCUUGCCGAUAUUCAGUCCGAAAGAUGCGGCAAAGGAGAUCAACGAUGCGGAAGAACAAAAGCUGAAGAACCUUCGCUCGGAACCGAAGAUCACCUACUAUAUGGUGGACGUGAAAAACUUUAUGGCUUCAUCCAAACUAAAGGAAAAGUUCUCGGUAGCAAUGCUACCGAUAGAAGAAAAAACCUCUAAUCAGGAGUUGUUCAGAAAAAUAGACCGAUUCUUCGUAACUUCACGAAGCGUUGUCAAGCAGGCCAUCCUGCAUGGUCCCUUCCCCGGAUUGAUAUACAACUUGGAUACAUUCCUGCACGAUCAUAUCGAAACGAUCGAGUACCUUCGCGCACUAGAGGUCAAUCGCGAGCAGCCGAGACCAAAGCAAAAAUCGCAAGCCAAGCAGAUCCUGAACCAGAAGCGAAAAGCUUUGGCGGACUUCUACAGAAGCCUAACCCAACUGGGGCUCAGCUAUAGAAGUGGUCUGGUUGAAAGCGCUAUCGAGUCCGAUCCGGUGGAUCUAACGAUCAAGCCAUUUUCCGUAGAACUGCUCACACAAAACGCUAAGUAUCGCAAGGUAGACCAACAUCUCGUGUUUUUGAACGAUAAGCUAAACCUUUACUAUUCCAAGUGCGUGUUCAAGAUUAAGCUGCUUAUGAAGGUAAUGCUGCAGCCGAAUCCGGACGUCGGUUUGAUGAACAUCGAUCGUAUCAAAGGUUUCGCUGUCGAUCUUUUCCUACUGGUGCAGAAUCAACGAAAAGAAUUGAGUCAAUCAAUUGCCAGCGUAUCUCAACUGAGAGACCGUAUACAAGACCUGACCAACCUGAGUUGCUGUGUAGAAUCAUCUGUGCAGGUGUUCUCUUUUGAACAAACCCGUCAUCAGUUCCAAAGCAUAAAAUACUGUCUGACCGAAGUUCGAAGUGUAUUGGAACAGUUUAAUCUUUUACUGAAGUGUGUACCGGCGGAAACUCGCGAAGAGUUGAAGGUCCUUCCGAAUGAAACCGGAAUGGAUCUGAAAACAAUAACCCCUAUCUCCAAACUAUUACAGGAUUGUUUAAAUCUGGCCAAUAAACUCAAAGAUGAACUAAGCAAAAUUGAUGAAACAUACAUCGCUGGUGAUGUUGUCGCGCAUGUUAGCACGCAGUUCGAAACUAUUUGCUCCACUUUGGAAGCCCUUAUCGAUAAACUCAAACUCGAAAACUCCAAUGACGAGUCCAUUUACGCACAACCAAUUAACCGCCUUCUAAGCAUAAUUCGUAAAGCUAACGAGUCGACUUCAACUCACCCCCAAGUCACCGAGCAAAACCCACCGGACAUCGCUCAGAAUGUAAACAACGAAUUGGAAAACAUCAUCCAUUCGGUUCUGCUGGCAAUGCAGCAUAUCUACAAAAAAUACUCCACGGCCGAAAGAGAGGACGUAAAAGCUGAGGAUCACGACCAGGACCAAGAGAACAGCAACAGUAGUUUACAACCGCAACACCUGAAGCAAAAAAUCAACCACAGUCUGGGCGAGGAUCUGCAGACAUUGAGUCUACGCAAGGUUACAGCUAAACUCGCUGGACUGCUGUCCAUUCUGGAAAACGUUCACGAUCCUGCCGUCAGUAAGUCAAUCAUACAGAAGUUGAUCCGUCUGGUUCCAAUUCUAGAGCAGUACAAUCUGCUAGUCGAAUACUAUCUUAUCCAACAGUUGGGGGCGCAUAAAAUCAGCACGAAGAUGCUAUCGGUGAUGUUGACCGUGUUUAUCGAACUUGGCACUAAAGGGUUCUGCGUACCGAAGGAUCUGCUAGAAGAUGAACAGGAUGCUGAAGGUGACCAGCAACAGGAGGAGGGUCAGCAAAAUGGGGAGAAGUUCGGCUUUGAAGAUGGUGAAGGGGAGAAGGACGUUUCCAAUAAGAUCGAAAGUGAGGAUCAGUUGGAUGAUGCGAAAAAACCUGGCCAGGAAAAGGACAGCGAACAGGAGGAAGAAAAAGAUAACAAAGAGGAGAAGGGAAUCGAUAUGAGCGAAGAUUUCGAGUCGAAAUUGCAGGAUAUAGAAAAGCCCGAGGGGGAUGAUUCGGAAGAUGAAAACGAAGACGAGGAAGAGGAAGUGGAUAAACAGAUGGGAGAGACUGAGGAUGGGGCUGAAAAGCUAGACGAUCAGAUUUGGGGUGAUGAUGAGACGAAAGAAGAUGAGAAGGAUGAGGAUGAGAUGGAAGAGGAAGAUGGAAAAGGUUCUGGAGAGACAGAUGAGCAGCACAACAAUUUGGAUUCGGAGAAGGAGAAAGCUCCCGGGCAGGAUGAGGAGGGACUGGAUGCGAUUGACCAAGCGAAGGAUGACCGCAAGAAAGAUAAACCCAAAGAUAUCGAAGAUAUGAACAAUCAGGAUGGAGAGGAAGAGCAAGAAAAUCCAUUCCACAAUCAGCUGGAAGAACCACCACAGCCAGAAGAUUUAGACCUGGAUGAAGAAUUCAACCUGGAUAACGAUAAUCGUCCGGAUAAUCAGAACGACGAUGGCGACGAUCAACAAGACAAUCCGUUCGACGUUGAUAAUAUGAAAGACAAGGACAACGAAAACGAAGAAGAAUCAAAGGAAGAUGAGCAAAAGGAAGAUCAAAGGGCUCAACAAAAUAACGAAAUUGAUACGUCAGAUGAAGAGGAAGAAAAUGCCGAUGGUGAGCUGAAACCGGAUGGACAGGAUGACAACCAAGAAGAAGAUAAAGGUGAACCAGAAGAGGAAGAAGAAAUUCAACAAAUUCCCGACAAGGAAACAGGUGAACAAGAUCCCGAGAAAGCACAGCCCGAUGAUGCCGACGCGAAAAAGGAACAAACUGAACACCGCGAAUCGAACGAUAAACGGUCGGAAGAGGACCGCAUAGAAGCGAUGCCGGACACCGAGAACAAAGGCACAAGUGAUCAAGUGGCAAACGAUAAGCCGGAAUCGAAGCAGGAGAACGAACUGCACGAACAAGACACCGGUGAGGAUAAAGAUGGUGUUGGCCAGGCGGAAAACGAGAAGUCGGACAGCGGUCAUCAGGGAAUUGCUGAAUCGAAGGAUACACGUGCCAAUCGUGACCAGAAAGAACAAAUGCAAAAACAGGAGAAGCAUCGUCAAGGUAACACCGAUGACGACAGAAGUCUAGGUGAUCCGAACAAAUCGGAAAAUAAGAGACUCAAAACCAUUGCUGAAAUAAAUAGAGAGGAUAAAGCAGAAAACACGGAUGCCACGGCAGAUGAUAACGAACAGGAAGAGACUGCGGAAGAAUAUCAACAUGUAAAAGAUGCGAAAGAAAGUGAUAAGACGACUCUAGAUAAUGCCACCGAAGAGCAGUCCAAGAAAGUGCAGCACAAGGAAGACGAGAAGGAACAGGAUCAGAAACCACCGAGUGAAGAAGAAGAGGGAUCAGAUGAGUUGAUGGAUGUAGAAGAUCCGACGGAAAAUAAACAGGAAAACGUUCAAGACUUGCUGGAAAGUGAAGAAAAUGAAAAAAAGAAAGACAAACCGGGGAAAAAGGAUGAAAGCAAGCGAGACAACUUGAAUGUCGUGGAAAACAUUGAGGUUGAAGGAGACAUAGUCGAAACGGCGCAUGUUGGCAGAGGAAACGAAACGACUGCGCAUACACUCAUGGAUAUUCUCAACGAUAUGACACUGCCGGAGGAACCAACGGCAUCCGAGACGCUUGAUAUGCGCAAAAUGGUCGAGAAGGAAACGUUAGCGGUGAAUGCAGCCCAACCGGACCAUGACGACUUUGAUCGGUGGCAGAAGAUUUCCAACCGGAUGCUCCCGAACGCCCGGGAGUUGUGCGAACAGCUGCGGCUAAUUUUAGAACCAACUAAGUGUACCCGUCUUAAGGGCGACUAUCGGACGGGUCGUCGUAUCAACAUGAAGAAGAUAAUUCCAUAUAUUGCGUCGCAGUUCCGAAAGGAUAAGAUCUGGUUACGACGAACGAAGGCAGCUCAGCGUGACUACAAAAUUACGAUAGCGAUCGAUGAUUCCAAAUCGAUGGAUCAUAACAACUCUAAAGAGCUCACACUGCAAGCGAUCUCGCUAGUGUCCCAAGCGCUGACCCUGCUGGAAAGCGGACGACUGAAUGUGAUGUCGUUCGGAGAGUCACCGAAAAUUUUGCUGAAGCAUUCCGAUCAGCUCGAUGGGGCCAAACUGAUCAACUUACUAAACUUUGAACAGAAUCAAAGUCGGAUUGCGGAAUUGCUAGACUUUGUGAGAACAUUCAACUCGGAAGACGUCAGUUCGGACAAUAGUAUGUUCGAAAAUUUAUUACUCGUUCUUAGCGAUGGGCGCAAUAUAUACAGCGAGGGCGAAAAGAAGGUGAAAAACUCCGUUAAACUGGCACGAUUGCAGCGAAUAUUCGUAGUAUAUGUGAUUAUCGAUAAUCCUGAAAAUAAGCAUUCAGUGAUGGAUAUUCGUGUUCCACUUUUUACAGCCGACAGAAACGAAAUUGUGAUGCAGUCCUAUUUGGAUGUGUUUCCAUUUCCGUACUAUGUGAUCGUUCGAGAUCUUGGGCAACUUCCGUUAGUAUUGAGCGAUGCCAUGCGACAAUGGUUCGAGUUAGUCAACAGCGAGCAGUAAAUGAGGUUGAAUAGAAGAGCUGGUUAUUUUUGGAAGUGGAACAUUUAGAAUUAGAUAAAAAUAUCUAUCCUUUAUCAUAUGUUAAAUGUACAUAAAAUUUAUGUUAUAAUCUACAUGCAGUUAAAACCAA